GUUGCCAGGGGAGACCGCCGCAAGGAGGCGGAAAUUGAGGAGGGAGGCGGGGAGUACCGAGGCCGCACGCUGGAAGGGCUCGCGGCCAUGGCGGCCCCGGGCCCCGCGAGUCGCUUCUGGUGCUCGUGUCCCGAGGUGCCCUCCGCCACAUUCUUCACCGCCCUGCUCUCGCUGCUGGUGUCGGGCCCCCGCCUGUUCCUGCUGCAGCCGCCUCUGGCGCCCUCGGGGCUGUCUCUGCGCUCCGAGGCCCUGCGCAACUGGCAAGCCUCUAUGGAAGGAGAGGCCAGAAUUACAGCUAAGGAGACUGCCACACAGAGUGUUAAGUGGGACCCUCAGCCUACCCUGAAGCUGUCACAAUUAAUUAACCCUCAGACUGCCUAGUGAGUUUACAGGCUGGUGACCUACAUCUUCGUCUAUGAGAACCCAGUCUCCCUGCUCUGUGGCGCCAUCAUCAUCUGGCGCUUUGCUGGCAACUUCGAGAGGACCGUGGGCACCGUCCGCCAUUGCUUCUUCACCUUGAUCUUUACGGUCUUCUCCGCCAUCAUCUACCUGUCAUUUGAGUCUGUGUCCUCACUGUCUAAGCUGGGGGAGGUGGAGGAUGCCAGAGGGUUCACCCCAGUAGCUUUCGCCAUGCUGGGAGUCACCUCGGUCCGCUCUCGCAUGAGGCGGGCCCUGGUGUUCGGUGUGGUGGUGCCUUCCGUCCUUGUGCCGUGGUUGCUGCUGUGUGCCUCCUGGCUCAUCCCUCAGACCUCCUUCCUCAGUAACGUCUCUGGCCUUUUGAUUGGCCUGUCCUAUGGCCUCACCUACUGCUACUCCCUCGACCUCUCUGAGCGAGUAGCCCUGAAGCUUGAUCAGAAGUUCCCCUUCAGCCUCAUGAGGAGGAUUCCCUUGUUCAAGUACAUCUCAGGUUCUUCUGCCGAAAGAAGAGCAGCCCAGAGCCGUAGGCUGAACCCUGCACCUGGCUCCUACCCCACACAGAGUUGCCACCCUCAUCUGACUCCAAGUUAUCCUGUCACCCAGAUGCAGCAUGCCAGUGGCCAGAAACUGGCCUCCUGGCCUCCUGGCCACAUGCCCAGCCUACCUCCAUACCAGCCUGCGUCCGGCCUGUGCUAUGUGCAGAACCACUUUGGUCCUAACCCCAAUGCCUCCAGUGUGUACCCAGCUUCUGCAGGGACCUCCCAGGGGGUACAGCCUCCCUCCCCUAUCAGCUGUCCUGGCACUGUGUAUUCAGGGGCCCUGGGUACCCCAGGGGCUACAGGCUCCAAGGAGUCUUCCAAGGUAGCCAUGCCCUAACCAGUCUGCAGAGGCGGCUUCCACCUUGUUGGACAGAGGAAGGUUCUGAGAAUGUAGGAAUUAUUUAUUGAAGCCAGGGCAUGCCGGCCUGUCAUUCCAGCUGCUUGGGGGUUAAGGCCAAUAGGUAAAAGGUCAAGGUCUGUCUGGGCUCCAGAGUACGUCCAAGGCAAGCCUAGGAUAUGUAUUAACAAAACCCUGUCUCAGAAUGAAUAACAAUGACUGGGGCUCUGUGGUAGAAUGCUUACUUAGCAUAAUUAAGGCCCUGAGUCCUCAGCUCCACAAAACAAAAAAGAAUUACUAAUUAGAUACCUCUGUGUGCCAGCUCUGAAGAGUACUUUGAUAAAUGUCCCUGUAUCUGUGUUGUUUCACCUCAAGGCAGCUCUAGAAAGUAGAAACUGGAUGGUAAGACAGGCCUGUAAUCUCAGCUAUGAUCAAGGUCAGCCCCAGCUACAGAGCGGGUUUUAGGCUAGCCCCCCGGGCAGGUAUAUCAUGGGGUCUUGAGGCUCCUGGGCUUCUUGGUUCCUAAUCCAGUGUCAAGAAGGUGCGGUUAUCGGCUGCCAGGGACUCUUGCCGUCCUACCCAUCCUGCCCUGCUCAGUGCCCAUGGGUCCUUACUUGUGUCUGGUGUGACUGUACCAGGUAGUCCUUGUAACAUCGUCUUCCCCGCAGCCAUGGCUGAUGGGACUUCUGCCUGACUGGUGACCUGCAGCAGCAGGCUGGUGAUCCGCCCUGUGAGUCACCUCUGUAUAAAAACCAGCCUCCAACCUGCCAGUGGUGUGUGGCAUACUGUGUUCAGUCCCGGGCAAGCGUGACACCAAAAAGCUGUGAGGAGCCAGAAUCACAUCCAGUCUGUGCUCAGUGGUCUGCAGUGAGGACCUGAUGGGGUGGGUGGGGACAGCGAAGUCAAGAGUUGAUAAACCCAGAGAUGGGUACAGCAAGUGAAUGAGAGACUGUCUCAUAAAAGAAUUUUCUUUUUAGUAAAAAUAAGCUGAGCAUGGUGGCACAUGCCUUUAAUCUUAUCAUGUAGGAGGCAGAGACAAUGGAUCUGAGUUUGAAGCCAGCCUGGUCUAUGUACUGAGUUCCAGGAUAUCCAAGGCUACAAAGUGAUACCCUGUCUCUAAAAAUAAAGCCAGGUAUGGAAAUAGUAAAAGAAUUUUCUUUUUAGUAAAAAUAAGCUGAGCAUGGUGGCACAUGCCUUUAAUCCCAUCACUUGGGAGGCAGGGCACUUAGGUAGAUCUCUAAAGUCAGCCUGGACCAGUUCCAGGGGUGGGGAUGGGAGGUGGCUUAGUGAUGAGUACCUGCUAAGCAUGCAAGUGGCCCUGGGUUUCAUCUCUAGUACUUAAAAGCAAAGCCAUGGCAUCACAAGGUAUUUUAGAUACGGUGUAUGGCCUUCAUGUCCAGGAGCUCUAUGGGAUGCUCUGGGCUGCCUCUGAGGGCCUGUAUUAGGGUUCUCUAGAGUCACAGAAUUUAUAGAUAGUCUCUAUAUAGUAAAGGAAUUUAUUGAUGACUUACAGUCGGCAGCCCAAUUCCCAACAAUGGUUCAGUAGUAGCUGUGAAUGGAAGUCCAAGCAUCUAGCAGUUACUCAGUCUCACACAGCAAGCAGGCGAAGGAGCAAGAAUGAGACUCCCUUCUUCCAAUGUCCUUAUAUGGUCUCUAGCAGAAGGUGUAGCCCAGGUUAAAGGUGUGUGCCACCACACCUUUAAUUCCAGAUGACCUUGAACUCGAGAUCUCCCUGUCUUAAUCUGGAAUCCAUAGCCACUAUGCUUCAAGAUCUCCAUACCAAGAUCCAGAUCAGAAACUUCUAUCUCCCAGCCUCCAGGAUAGGGUCACUGGUAAGCCUUCCAAUUCUGGAUUGUAGUUCAUUCCAAAUAUAGUCAAGUUGACAACCAGGAAUAGCCACUACAGGGCCCUAAGUAUUCCAAUACAGGUGAUUCCUGACCCCAAGCCCACUCCUCCAGAGAGGGUAGUCUGAAGAUGGGCACAGCCAAAUGGUCUUUGAAACCCACUGGCAAGCAAGCCAGUAUGACAUGAGUAAGAUUGGCACUGCAUUAGAGACUUGAGUCGAUAGCCAAGGAAACAGGUGCAUCUAGGCCUCAGUAAGGACACGGCUGGAAACUGGUGGGACCCGGAGCUUUGGACUGCAGCCACGCCUGGCAUUUCAGUGGCACUUCCUGAAUACAGCCAGAUGUGGGCUCUUAGGCAAGGUCCUUCCACUCUGUAGAUAGGCUUGUGUGUUCUUGGUUUCUUCCUACAUAGGGUGGCUCACUGGCUAGAGCUGUGAAUGCCAAACACCCAGGUUUCCUGGCGACUGGGCUGUGAGAAUUGUCAGGUCCUCCUGUGUGACCUAGUUGCUGCCUUUACUGAUGGGCUCCAAGGAUGCAGAGGAAUUGCUAACAGACAAUGCAGAGCUGGAUUCCAGCUUCCUACUGCCCCACACUGAUGGACUGCCCCUAGAUCUCCAUUCCCUGGGCCUUUGUGUGAUCUGGAACCAGUGCACAGGCAGCCUGAAGCUACACUAGAGUGGAACCAUCUGUUUCUCAGCGCCUGCUUUCCUUGCCUUCAGAAGCAGCCUUUGCCUAGUAGGUUUCGCUGCAGAUCAACCUCCCUAGGGCUCUGAGGUGAUACCUCAGUGGAUGGAAUCUUUCCCCUCUUCUAGGCCCAGAAAAUGACCUUCCCUGGAGAGAGGAGUUUGCAGAUUGGACUGAGCUAUGAUUUUGUCUCUGUGGAGAUAACCUCCAGACACAUGUGUUUCACAAGACACCUGGGCGAUCCCAGCCUUCCCUCGUUUGCCAAAUCAUGUGUCCCAUGUCUGCAAGUCAUGACUGAGUCUGUGCCUGUCCCCAGGCUGGGGUCAGAGACAUGCCAUGAAAUAUGUACUGGGGACACGGGUACAGGUGUGCCACGCAAUAAAUAUUUGUCAAAGUCUAGAUGGCCCUGCCCUGGCUGCUCAGAAUAGUGAGGGAGUGGAUAAAUAAAUAAAGGUGCUGGGAGCUGGGAA